GUGAAGAAGUUUGAUAUUAAAUUAUCUGACAGUGCAUAACGGUCUGUUUAAAAAUUUUAUCAUGCUUCUUAAUACCAGCUUGUUUCUAUUGCAACGUGCAUUUCAACAACAAAACACAAUCUAUCUGUUUAUAUCAAUCCCGUUUGCAUAUGAGCUUACCGCUUGCAGAGAAGGAAAAACAUAUCAUUUACCAUUUCCAAUUGGUCGAACGUAGUUAUCCAGUCAUAUGUCUCCUGCGAUUUCAAUCGAUCGGUAGCUUUAGCCUGCAGUUUUAAUCUCACGGUUAAUAUUUCCCGCCUUUCUGUAUUCAAGCAACUUUUUUCUUCGUUGCCAAAUUUGUUCAUUUUUGUUUUAUCCGAGAAAGAGGUCAGGUUAUUAUCGUGCUGUUUGAUCAUUUUUGGAGGCCCUUGAAGAUUGAUUCGUAAAAUGGCUAAAGACCAAAAGAUCGGUGUAAUGUGGAAGUUGCUGUUUGGCACUGUAACCUGUUUGUCCUUUGCCUUGCCCGCUUUAUCGGAUUCGUCGAAGCUGACGAAAACAUCUUGUCCUGGCGAGUUCAGCAAGCAAAGCACCUUGCCGACAUCCUUAAAUUGUAAUAUGGUGCGACUGCCCGAUGGCACCAUGUUGCAGACCGUCCCAAAACUCGUCGCUGGAAAAAUUCCUGGCCAACACAUAAUAUGCAGAAUCCCGGAUUGUGGCAAAAACCUCUGUAAAAACGGCUGGUGUGAGGAGACUAUGGGAGGCUACAACUGUACCUGCUCAAGUGGGUUUCAAGGGAGACACUGCGAUGAAAUGAUCAUAGAGUCAACGAAGGAAGCAACGAAUAAGCCUACGACGAACCCUACGACUACGAUGACGGAACGCUCAGACACAACGACUUCCCAAACCAUCACUACCUUUGCGUGUGUAUCGAACCCCUGUCAACAUGGAGGAACCUGUGAGGAAACGGAUGAGGGAUUUAACUGCACUUGCCUGGAUGGCUACUGUGGAGACAGAUGCGAGUACGACUCCCUCGUCCAGUCCGUGAGACUAGUCGGUGGAAGUAAAAGUGAAGGAAGGGUAGUUAUCACAUCUCGUUCUCGCCCUACAACCUACAUGUUAAUCCAUCAAUUAAACUGGUCCAGGAACGCUUCACGGUUGGUCUGCAUUUAUCUAGGAUAUGAAGAUGUAUAUGCGACAGUGGGAGGAGAUCUCUUCGAGAUUAUGUCCUUAGAUAAUAAUUCUGAGGCUGUGACUUUGAGAUGCCCUGUCGAUCUGACUAACAUUACUGACUGCUGGUACGAAGAGAGUGCGGCGAUGAAUCCUAGGGAGGAGAGUAUAGCUGUUGUUUGCUGUACUGUGAACCUGUGUAGCACACCUCGAGGUAGCCCAGUCGGUCUAGAAAGCGGUAAGGUUCCUAACAGCGCCAUUUCAAUCUCGAGUAGGUACAAUGACACGUUGGGUGGACCAAACGCCCGUCUGAACAGUCCUUCUGCGUGGCUCCCCGAUAUUGCUGACGAAGACCCCUGGCUUCAGAUCGAUUUCGCUUCCGCUUUUGUCAUCACCGCCAUCAUGACGCAAGGCAGAGCAGAUAGUCCAGAACAGUGGGUGACAUCGUACAUAGUUUCAUCCAGUAUGGACGGAGCAUCUUGGACCUACUACCAGGAUAUCAACACCAACACGGUCAAGGUCUACACAGGAAACUACGACCCAAAUAGUACUGUGGUGCACACCAUCUGUAGGCCGAUCGAAUGCCGAUUUUUUCGUAUCCAUCCAAAGACGGCCCAUGUACACCGGGCCCUCAGGCUAGAACUCACUGGCUAUGGACCUCUCAAUGACUUAUUAGCUGCGAUGGACCAGGAAGAGGUAAGCUGUUCAUGUCCUAUCCGAGGGGAAGGAAUGGGAGUGGAAGAUGGACGAAUCCCAGACUCUCGUCUCACCUCCUCGUCCGAUUAUGAUUAUCUUUACACUGCAUCAGAUGGAAGAUUGAACGGCGGAGUUGCUCUACACGAGAAGGCAGCAUGGCUUGCCAAGGAUAAUGACACGGAUAAAUGGGUCAAGAUAGAUCUUGGAAAGACCUCUACCGUCACUGGUGUUAUCGUACAAGGCAGAUGGGGGUGGGAACAAUGGAUUACUUCUGUCAAGGUAUCCUAUUCGCUGGAUGACGUGACAUGGACUUAUGCUUUAGGACCACAAUGUGGUGAACAAAAAAUCUACGCAGCAAACUACGAUCGCAGCACUCCCGGGACCAUACUGUUCCCUCGACCAAUCACUGCUCGAUACGUCAGAAUACACCCACUCACGUGGCAGGAGCACCAGGGCAUGAGAUAUGAAGUUCUUGGCAUAGCUGAAUAAACGGAAGUUUUACAGCUAUGUUAUGUUGUUUAAUUAAUAUCAUCAU